UAGGCUCAGUAAUUGUGGUAUCUCAGGUGAAGGUUAUGUUUGUCUGGCUCUCACUCUGAUGUUAAACCCCUCCUGUGUGAAAGAGCUGGAUAUGGGCAUCAAUCAUCCUGGAGAAUCAGCACAGAAGCUGUUAUCUGCUACACUGGAGGAUCCUCACCGCAAAGUUGAAUCAUUUCAAUUUGCUGACUAUAAGCUCACAUUUAAGUCCUGUGAGAUUGUGGCUGCAGUUCUACAAUCACCAAACUCCCUGCUACAGCUGGACCUGAGUAAUAAUGACCUGGGGGAUUCUGGAGUUGAACUUCUCUCUAAGGGACUGUCCAGUUCCAAUUGCAUACUGCAGACAUUAAGAGGGGAGCAGGUGAAACAGGUGGUGGACAGGGUGGGAAACAUCCUUGAGGAUGCAUCCUGUCCUGGUAAUGCAGCGGUGGUUGGCAAGAUCCUCCAAAGGAGGCAGGGGGCAGCCUAUGAUCUUCUGGGCUGUGCCUAUAACCCUCUGCAUAGCCCUCCGUUCUGCCGCUGUAGUUCCUGA